CCUAACCUUAGAAGUCAGCUAGCUAGAGAAGAGCAGCGGCAUCUCUUUCUCAGAGUUGUAACUCGGAAGACCCAUCAAACCAAAAUGAAGUUCAACAUUGCAGAUCCAACCACUGGUUGCCAGAAAAAGCUGGAAAUUGAUGAUGACCAGAAACUUCGAGCCUUUUUGACAAGAGGAUCUCACAAGAAGUCAGCGGUGAUGCCCUUGGUGAGGAGUUUAAGGGCUAUGUAUUCAAGAUCAUGGGAGGCUGUGACAAGCAAGGUUUUCCUAUGAAGCAGGGUGUUCUCACACCUGGCCGAGUUCGCCUUUUGCUUCACAGAGGUACUCCCUGCUUCCGUGGGUAUGGUAGAAGGAAUGGAGAGCGUAGGAGGAAGUCAGUUCGUGGAUGCAUUGUCAGUCAGGACCUUUCAGUUCUGAACUUGGUCAUUGUGAAGAGGGGUGAAAAUGAUCUUCCUGGAUUGACUGACACUGAGAAGCCAAGAAUGAGGGGUCCAAAGAGAGCAUCGAAAAUCAGGAAGUUGUUCAACCUCUCCAAGGAGGAUGAUGUUCGGAAGUAUGUUAAUACUUAUCGCAGGACCUUUACAACCAAAUCUGGUAAGAAAGUAAGCAAGGCUCCCAAAAUUCAGAGGCUGGUGACUCCUUUGACCUUGCAGAGAAAGCGUGCCAGAAUUGCAGAGAAGAAGAAGAGAGUUGCAAAGGCCAAGGCCGAUGCUGCCGAGUACCAGAAACUCCUUGCCCAGAGGUUAAAGGAGCAGCGUGAGCGCAGGAGUGAGAGCUUGGCCAAGAAGAGAUCCAGGCUCUCCGCUGCAUCCAAGCCUUCCAUUGUAGCCUAAGUGUGCCCUCAGGUUUUGGCAUUUUGGUCAGUAGUUAAAUGCCAGCAGAUUCUAAAGUAUUUGUGGAUGUGAUUUUGAUCAUUCAAUUUCCAAGUAUGACAGGGUUUUAGUUGGGCUUUCCUUUUUUAGGGUAUGACGUGAACAUUAUGUUUCCAGUUUCAGUGACUUUUGGAUAUGCUUACUUAUUCUUCUGUUACUUUUGAUA